CGCACUAUAGGGUCCAAUCUGCCGAGGCCAAAGUGACAGUGUUUCAUACGCAGCUGGACGUGUGGUUUUUAACGCAUGUAGUACUCGGUUACGGAUGGUUUGUUCCAAUUUCGUUUUAAAAUAACGGGCGUUAUGGAAUAAUGUUUGCGGUGUUAAUUUAUUCGAAUGACUACGUAAUUUUCGUGCUUUUACCACUCAAUAUGUGAGCUUUCGGUGACAAGAACAAUGUUUAAAGUUAUGGAUUUUUUGGCUGAAGUAUCCAGAUCAUGUUUGCUUAGCAGAUAUUUAAUUUCAUUGUUGCUGGUGUCUUUGGUAGCAGUUUUAAUACUUCCAACUGGAGAAGGAAAGUUAAUUGGAGACCACGUGUGUCAGACUGAAUUAAUAGUGCCAAAAGAGGAACAAAUAUGGGAACUAAAGAACAGAACCAUAAGAACUUACAAAUGGUGCUUGAAUGUGCCACCGCGUUGCGCAGAAUACUCGACCAGAUUAGUAAAUGAGUCUAAAAUAGUGGUAGUAAACGUAACAAAACCAUCUGAAAUUUGUUGCAACGGUUUUAAGGAGUAUAAGAACUACUGCGUAAGUGAAUGCGCUGACUGCGAAAAUGGGGUUUGCAUUAAGGGAUUUUGCGUAUGUCAAGCUGGAUGGACUGGACCUGAAUGCAAUUCUCGUAUAACUACUACAGACAGUACCACGUCCAUCUCGUCAACGACCUUUAGGCCGCUACUAGAUGUGGCAACUGUCACUAGCAAACAAGAAGAAUUAUUUACAUCAGUGAGACCACCAGUCAUUCUUACAACCAGGAGAAUAGAAAACUCGUCUCUUAGACCUAUUCUAUCCACAACUACUCAAUAUACUGCAAAAGUCUUUAACACUAGCCCAGAUAUCGUGUUAAAAGUUGACUCAAUAUUUCCUUUAUCUACCACUAAACCCUAUACGACUGUAUCACAUAUUCAAAGCUUCUCAAAGAUUCAGAAAAACCAAGCCACAUCAGUUCCAACCAAAAUUACAAUACCAAUGGUUGAGUCUACCACAACUCAAAAAUCAAUUAAAAUGGAUGAAUUGGAGGGUUCGGGCUCAAAAGUUACUCAAAAUUGGCCCAAACUAGUUGCAGAAUCAACUAUGAUGUUUGAUGCAACUGACCAAGAAAGUGGAAGUAAAAGUUCUGAGCCUUUAAUAAAUCAAAGUAAUCAAUUUGAUCAAGAGGAAUACGAUGAUAAUAACUAUGAAGAAUUUGGUUCUAGUUUUGAAAGCAUUGAGAGUGACGAUAAACUGGUGCAAACUGAUGUAGAUUUGUUUAAAGAGGGAUUAAUUGAUGCGGGUACAUCAACCACUCCAAAGCCGACAACACCUUUGAUAAAACCAAGUUUAAAUAAGAACUUAGCGGAUAAUGAAAAUUCUAUAUUAAAGGAGCAUUUGUUGAAAGAUCUUGAUGACUUUAUAAGUGAGAGGCACGAAGAACAUUCAUCAUUAGAAGAAAUGAGGAAAAAUACGAAAUAUUCAAUCGAAAAUGCAGCAGGAAAGAAUUUAAUCUACAGCAUUUGUGCCGCUGCACUGACGACAUUUCUAAUAUUGGUCGCUGCUGUCACGAUGUAUUCGAUGAAAAAUUCAAGAAAGAAACUGGAAAAGGAAAAAAGUAGAACUAAAAGAAAUGGGGCAGGCGUGGCCGUUUAUACAACAAGUAUAUUCCACUCUCCGUUGCCAGAUCCGCCUACACCAACAUGCGAAAAUCCAAUAUAUCCAUUAGUGGUUUCAAAUGAAUCCCUGAAAAGGAAAUCAAUCAGUCAGAGAGAGACAAUGGAGAUUCAGGAAUUCAAUGUUGUGUUCCAUAAGCCAAUCAAAAAUCCGAAAUUGGAUACGAAACUGUACCUCUAUGACCACCCACCAUCUACUGGGAGCUACCGAGCAUCUUCAGAAGUAGAUACGUUAUCGCAGUAUAAUUUUAGUCAACGAUCUCAACCUGAAAUCAUCACGGAACCGGUUUAUGAUGAAAUUCCCUCGAAAGAUCCUUUUGGAGUUACAUACGUCAAUACCCAGAGGGAUGGAGAAGCCGUAUAUGCCAACUCAUCGAAAACAAAACGAGAAAGUGCUGACGCUAGUUGUUUAUAUAUGAACACAUGUCGUACAAAGUUUUAAUAAUUAUUAUUAUUUUUAAGAGAUUUUUUGCAAUAAAAUAGAAGAUAUAAGAAUAA